CGCAACUGGCUUUCCACUUAAUCUAAAUGAUCCGGUAUGCUCCUAUUACCUCGAAUCUUCUACUCUUCACGCACUGCCUUCCAUAACACCAGCAAUUGGCCAUCAGUGACAGCAUUGUUGAAGCAUUUCUCUACCUUUGUUACCCCGCUAUCCACCAUGUCGGCAAGCACACUCGAUAUCAAUUCGACUUUCGACCUGCCGAAUUCGCAGUACAAGAUUCCGAAAAUCGGGUUUGGUGUCUACCUGUCACCUAAGGAUUUAUGCGUCAAGUCUUGCAAGAAAGCCUUUGAGGCAGGCUAUCGACACAUCGACACGGCGCAAUACUAUGCCAACGAAGAGCAGGUUGGACAGGCAUUGGCUGAAAGUGGGCUUCCUCGCGAGGACAUCUACAUCACGUCCAAAAUCAUGAGUCCUGAAGAGGAUGUCGAGUCGACAUACAAAAAGGUUGUCGAGAGUGUUGAGAAGCUUGCUGGGAAAGAUGGUUAUGCGGAUCUUUUCCUCAUCCACACCCCGAGUGGAGGCAAAGAGGCAAGGAAGACAAUGUGGCUGGCACUGAAGAAGGCCAAGGAGGAGGGAAAAGUACGAGACAUUGGUGUCAGCAACUACGGUAUUGGGCAUAUUGAUGAGAUUGCAACGAUUGACAGCAAGGAUGCUCUCCCUGCUGUGAACCAGAUCGAGCUCCACCCCUGGUGCCAGCAGCGCGAAGUUGUCGACUACUGCAAAAAACGCAACAUCGUAGUCGAAGCCUACUGCCCCAUUGUCCGCAACGAAAAGGCAAACGACGCGACACUCGGCGCUAUCGCUAAGAAACACAACAAGGAACCCAACCAAAUCCUCAUCCGAUGGAGUCUACAAAAGGGAUUCGUCCCGCUGCCCAAGAGUGACAAUCCUUCGAGGAUUGUCGGCAACGCUGAUAUAUACGAUUUUGAGCUAGACAAGGAUGACAUGGCUACGCUGGAUGGGUUGGAUCAAGGCGCAAAGGGCGCGAUUGUCCAGGCUGUUAGCAAUUCUUAGAGUAAAAAGAUUUUUUCUACAGAACCCAGGCAAUUUGAAGCUAUAUCAAUCCUCCAGGAAUGACGAGCUUGGUUUUUCAAGGGCCGUGUUUUUUUUUGGGGGGGGGCAUGGCGAUCAUCCAUCUGGUCGAUUCAACGUACGGGGUUAGCUAGCUUUUCAGAGCAGCAAUUCCAACACCACUGUAAGAAUGUUUGUUUAGCUAUGGGGAAUUUUUUUUGAAAGAAACAUGAUUUGGAAGCUACGGACCGAGUAAUGUCGGACAGGCAGGGGCUUGAAGCAAGAUACGCGUCUGUUCUCGCAGUACCCCACCAAGCCCACUUAUGUGUUCUGUCAACCUCACCACUUCGAUCAGCAUGAAAAUCUUGUAGUUGAGGUUUGAACACAGUAGGGG